CUUUUACAUCAAUUGAUUUUUAAUUGAAUAGAGAACUGGAAAUGUAAACAAAGAUGAAUUGUUUGGGAGUUUGGACCAUUGCCAUAAUAAUUUAUCAAACCGCCAUAUGCACAGUUAUCAGUUGGCUUACACUCAGCUGUCACUUCGACCCAAACGUGGCAGAUCUGCAUGAAGUCACCCUCAUGAAAUUGCUGUACUUGUAUGACCCUGAUGCAUGCGGAAGGUUACACUUCUAUAACUUCACGCUUGGAAACCAAGACGAUGUGAGAUUCUCUGCAGUUUUGUGGCCUAUCAGCAAUCCAAUAGCAGCAAAGUUUCGGAAUGAAAUUCGCCUGUGGGAAUUCCUGCACAUAAUUUGGGUUAUACUAAGCAUAGCUAAUCUGACGCAUGGUAAAAGAGGUUGUGGGUUCUAUGCUGUAGUUGUCCCAUUUACAUUAACUGGUCUAGCGAUGUUGGUGGUAGAUAUCAUUUUCAUGGUGCUGUUCCUCCAGGAUACUCCCUAUACGUCUUCAGACGUGGCCAUCAUCAGCUACAUCAACAACAGUGGUAUGAACAUUCAAUGGAUGUUGAGAGAGUAUCCCCUGAAUAACAUGGACGAUGAUACUGUUCCAACGGACACUUCAUGGAUAUCUUUACUUUUCGCGUACUGGAGCUGUAGAGGUGUAGUGCAAUGGUUUAUCAACUUUUGGAUGGUGAAAGACAAUUAUUGUGCAGGACUGACUGCUUACCGGCAAUUACAGAAAGACGCAAGACUGCAGAGAAGAAGAACCAGGAUCUGAGGAAAUAAGUGUUUUUUUAAGUAAAGUGACGUUUCAUUAUUGUAUAAAGCAAGUGUUUGUCAGUUGGCGUUCUUCAUUACUUCUCAGUUAUUGUAAAUAUGCCGCUUAAUAUAUAAGCAAUAUAUAAACUAGCUGACUCGACAGACGUUGUUCUG